AUGUCGUCGAGUAGAAAAGAAUAUUAUGCUAGUAGAGAUGCCUCUAAAGUGUAUUUGUUGGGUUCUUUUCCUCGAUGGAGAGCGUUUAAGGAGCAGCAUAAAUUGAGAACAGACAAGGAUGUGGCGGAUAUGCUUCUUGACAGCUAUCUUGCGAUGAAUCUUAAAACCUCAACGCCAAGCGCGCACUCAAAUCCGCGUCCAUUGUCUGCUUUGUCGGAUGUUAGAACAUCAUAUUCUAUCAGGUCGGGUCAGAGUGUGAUUUCUGACAGUCGAACAUUGACAGCCAAAGAUGAUAGUUCUGAUGAUGAAAGUGAUGAUGAUAAUGACAAUUUUGGUGAACACACUAUCCAGGCAGACCAGGUUUUGUCGGACGAUUCUCUUGAUGUAUGUCCCCCGGGUUUUGACGUGCCAUUACUGGAUGACUUGCUCAAUGUGACAAUCCGUGGACAUGAUGGAGAUGAGCCCACAGAAGAUGUUGGAACCCAACAACAACAACAGCAGCAACAUAAGACGACUCAACCAGAAUACAUCUCUACUGUGGAAGAAGUCAGUCCUGAAGAUGCAAUCAAGAAGGAAAAGUGUAUUGUGUUUACAGACACUCUUAUAGCUUUGAUAACAUCAUUACAUGGGAGUGUUUGUAAACGACAAGGAUGUGGCCGUGUGUUGAGCUAUAAGAAAACAUAUGUUGGAACAUGCCUGGUCGUAUCCUGGGGGUGUAGGUCUGGUCAUGUUGGAGGCAGAUGGGCAGCUCAACCCUCUUGCAACAAGAUUAGAGCAGGCAACCUCGUGCUUGCUUCUGCUUUGCUGUUGUCUGGCAAUUCCUACGCCAAGGUGGGGUUGAUGUUCAACUUCUGUAAUCUGCAGUAUUUCUGAUCAAUAUUAUUCAAUCAGUAUCAGAAGUUGUACAUCAUCCCUGCCAUUAAUGACUACUGGGAAGAACACAAACAGAAAUGUUGGAAAGAAAGAGAGAACAAAGAGGUUAUAUUGAGUGGUGAUGGAAGGAAUGACUCGCCUGGCCAUAGUGCACAAUAUUGUACUUACAGCUUGGCUGAUACCAAUGAUCGUGCCAUACUGCAAAUGAAUGUGGUUGAUGUGAGAGAAGCUGCUGGUAAGAGCAAUAAUAUGGAGAGGAUUGGGUUUGAAA